GGUCAUUUCCGUUGAAUGGCGACGGCGAUGAAUAGUUUGUUUCAAAGUGCGUUGUAGUGUGUUUGACUUCGUUAUUUUGGGAGGUUCUCCAACUUUCCUUUCUCCGUAUCGCGAUCCUUGGAUCUUCUUGAAUAUAUGCACGCGGAGUAAUUCGGAAUAUCGUGCGUGCGGGAGUGGUAAAAUUCGAAGCAUAAGCGUGCCUUGUGUCGGACACUUUUUGCAUGAGAAUAAUGGCCGAUGUCGAAAGAAAAAAGCUGACCGAACUCCGAGUUAUAGAUCUAAAAACAGAACUUGAGCGGCGCGGGCUCGAUAAGACUGGCAAUAAAGCAGCACUACUCGACCGGCUCUCCAAAUCCAUAGCUGACGAAGGGGAGAAUCCAGAUGAAUAUCUGAUUAUACCAUGUGGCGGAGUAUGCAAGAUCAGUCCAAGAAAGAACAGCGUAACUGGUGCAUCGAAUCAAGAUGAGUCACCUGAAACAUUGGAGAGUCAAAAAGAGGAAACUACAGAGGGGCCAGAUAAUAAUGAAUCAAAAGUAAAAGUAGAGAAGCCUAUUGUAGAAAAGGAGACAAUGGCCAUUAAAACAGAGGAACUCCAAAGUGAAGUUCAGAAUAACACUAGUAAAGAAACAGACUGUAAACAGGAACCUAAGGUUCAUUUGACUAAACUUGCGUCCGAAUCCACACAGGCGGUCAAAGCAGAGCCUGAGGCUGCAGUUGCUGCAAGUCAAACCUCAAGUAAUUCAGCUUCAACUCUUGAAGCUAAUGGCAUCGAUAACGAAGAUUCGAUUAAUCUAACUAUCGGAGAAGAUGAAGAAAAUCUCCUUGCCGAGGAGACAGAGUCUCACGAUAGACACAAGGAUGGAGGAGAGAAGAAGAAAUUGGAAGAGAACAAGAAGGGAGAGUCUAAAGGGAGCAGUAGAGCAGAAGCCGGUGCCAACAGCAAGGAAGGGACGACGUCAGGUGCAAACGUCGGGACGAAGAACAAGCAGGACGGUGGAGACGGAAGCAAGAGUGUGGAGUCUAGUAACAAGAGUCAGAAAAGAGACGAUAAAGACAAGAAGACCUCCCAAGUCAGCCCCGUUAAUGCAAGUAGCAGAAACUUAUGGGUAUCUGGAUUGUCUUCGGGUACUCGUGCGACCGACUUGAAACAAAUAUUCUCAAAGUACGGAAAAGUGAUAGGUGCCAAAGUAGUUACAAACGCAAGAACACCUGGUGCAAGAUGCUACGGAUACGUUACCAUGUCUACUAGCGAGGAUGCAGCGAAAUGUAUACAGCAUUUACAUAGAACGGAACUUCACGGACGUGUAAUAUUCGUAGAAAAGGCGAAAGGUGACACUCAGCAGAGUCAUAUGCGCAAACGAGACACUACGAAUGGAAAGUCUGAGAAGAAAGAAGAGAAAGACAAAGCUAAGGAUAAUCACGACCUAAACGAUCGGAAGGAAAAGGAACAGAAAAAGGAAAUCGAAGAUAAAGGAUCGGAAACAAUGAAAAAAUUGGACGAGAAGAGCGAGGGCCCCGAGAACAAGAAAGCAGAGGUGAUGGAGAAGAAAGACGAGGCUGCCAAGGAAUCCGAUACUCGGUCAACCAAAUCUACCAGCAAAAAGCCAGAGGGCGAGAAAGGAAAGCGCGACGAGAAGAGAAUCCGUUCCUGGGAUCACCACCGAUCGCAUACACGAUCCCGUAGCCGCGAACGUCGGAGACGCGACGACGUACUCACAUUCGCCAAGAUCAGGGAAGAACGAGAGAGGCAAAGAUUACGCGAAAGAGAGAGAAUGCUUCGCGAGGAGGAACGGAGGAGGCGUGAAGAUAUGGAGCGACAGAGGGAAAUAGAACGCAGACAAAGGGAAGAAGCUGCACGUUUAGAAAGGGAGCGGGAGAAGUUACGGAGAGAGAGGGAAAGAAUUGAACAGGAGAAGGCAGAGUUACUUCGACUUGAACGGGAACGUCAGAAGCUCGAAAGGGAAAAGCUAGAGCGCGAAAGAUUGGAGCUGAAAAGACAACAGAUGCGACUCGAGGAGAGCAGACGUGCCCCACCACCGCCGUCUAUAAAACGAUCUUCCAGUGACAGAAGGGAUCCAAGAGACUUGUACGUGGAACCGGACAGAAAACGCAUGACCACGGAACACAGUCGAAGACACACUCCAGAGCGAGUGAGCGAUCGACGUGGCGAAAUUUUGGACCGUGUCUCUGACAGACGAUUGGACGCAUCGCCGCCCACUCGCUACGAAUCUAGCAGAUCAGCUCAAGAUAUAGGAAUAAAGAAAGAAUUUAAACGCAGUAGUGAAUUCACCUCGCGAAGUAGUCGGCCGGAAAGUUUUACCGAGGUAUCACGUGGAAGGGAAGUGAUAGUUCGACGAGAACCUCUCAGCGCCGCGGCAUCGUCCAUUGAUCCUCGACAAGUGAAGGAAAGCAGGUAUGAACGGCCAAGCACAACCACUUACACUCGCGAACGCGAAGUUCGACGUUCCGAACCAGAAACGCAUAGAAGUUCCAGGGAUAGUCACACACGCUAUGGCGAAAGCUUCAAACCUACAAGUUCUAGUACGCCACGGGACAGUCGCUACGUGGAGAGCAACAGAACAACUAGUAGCUGGCAUUCUGGACCACCGUCUGCGAAAUCAUUUAAUUCCGUACCGAGUAGUGGAACCCGAGACCCUCGAAACGAGCCGUCCAGCUGGAGUUCCAGGUCCUCGGAGAAUGUAAACAGAUGGAGUAAUUCAAGCAGUAUGGGAAAUACGUUGCGACAUCCAGUGCCACCAACGUACCAAAGCGGCCCCAUUCAGUCCAUGGGUUUAACGGCACCCGGAACAACGCCGUCGUACGAUCGUUUUGAUCCGUACAAAUCAUCCAUGGCAAGCAUGAGGAAAUAUUGAUCUUGUCGUUCCAAUACAGGCUACUGUAACGAGUGACGAGUUCGAUAAAUACGUUCUAAGACGUGUGCGUAUGCACAAACACACAUACACACACCGAAUUACUAUCCACAUUCUUGAUAAAUGAAAUUUAACUAUCCACAGCAGUUUAUAUCGUAGGCGCAGUCUUAGUUGUAUAAUUUACACACAACGGUUGAAAACUUCUUUGAUCUUGCGAGAAGCGAACAAUUUUUUUACCGACGAACGAGAGUUCUAUACUUAAGACGUCUAGAAAUCUCCUGUUUCCUUCUUAUUCGUUGCAUUUCGAAUCCAUUUUUAUUCGCGGCGAAUAGAUUUUUAAUCGUCGCGUGUAUCACAGGCGAUGCGAGGACACUUCGAAAACGUUACAUUUUCCGAACUGUACGAGCAAAUCGAAACGGUGGUAUUUCGUCCUGUUGAUUUUUAUUUUACGCGCACAGUUUGAAAGUGGUACUAAAGACUUUUUAAACGUCCACCGUAAAGCGUGUUUAACGGGCACGUAUUUAUUGAUUUUUCCAAUGCGCACUAGCUAGGAAAAUACAUCCAACGCGUACAACGCACGGUACACACAAUACCCUGUAUUGUUGAACUGUAAUAGAUGUUUGUACAGUUGUUAAUAGAUACGAUCAUGUGUGGUUAGAAAUCCUAAAGAGGAACACUCGACGCGGAACGAAUAUCGCUUCGUUACGUUCGUUUAGGUGUAACGAAUUAGAUUUAUACGAAGCGUUCUGUUCAAUCGUUACCGCAACUUAUUCCGAACGAUAAUAACGCGCAUUCGUUUACAUCGAUGGACAUAUUCUUGUAGGACAUUAAGGUAUCGCAUAGAGUCACUCGCAGUUGUAUCGUAUACCUUUAACCGAUUCUUCAUAGAAACACGUGCAUAUUCUGCAAGAAUAUGACUAAAUUUGUAUAUUGAAUCCCAUAAGAAUUGUAUAUCUAACGAGGAUGAAGUCUACGUUCAUGCGUGAAGCACACGUACCACGUUUCAGUGUAGCGACGAUUAUUACGACAUAAAUAAAUUUAUGGCAUAAUAGGAUGUUUUGUUCUAAAACCCUUCGCGUUCACCAUUAUUAGAAUAAUAUCGGUUGUAGAUGUAAAUUGGACAAAUUAGUCAGUGAAUGAACGACCGAGUGUGCUCUUGUGGGUAUGAGUGUGUUGUUGCGUGACGAGUAAUCGAGAAGUAGAAUAAAAAGAAUAACCGAUGGUAGGGAACACUUUCCCUUGGUCGUGCAUAGUCCGGGAUGGCGCCAGUCAGAUGAAGAAAGGUGAGAAGGAAACGAAAAGCGGAGAGAGUGAGGGAACAAGUCCGUCGAAAGCAAAGUGUGUCGAGGUCUUUUCACGGACAGUCAUCGCGUGACCGAGGUUUUGCCCUGUGCAAUCACUAUUGCACGAUUCGGACGCUUCCUUCGUUUGAAUUUUUGUAUAGCCUCCCACUCUUGCUCGCGCCCCGCCCCCGCACACCAAGCCCUCCCUUUCUACUCUCUCCCUCUAUCCGUUUUCCCUAUCUCUAUCUCCCUGUCGAGCCUCAAUAGACGAUGAACAAUUCGCCGGUCCUCUCGUGGACGCGACAACUCUAUUGAAAUAGUUCGCCGCGUGUCUCGUCGCGGGUACCAGGUGUGGUGACAGCAGAAGCACCUGGAAUGUCUGUGAAAAGGAACAGUUGACUUUUUACUUUGUCAGCAGGAUGUCGCCGUCCAUUGUUUUCUUCGGUAAGUGGUCCAUCGCCGAUUCGAAGAAAACUAUAUCGAUGCGUUCUUUUGCUCUUGUAUCAAGUAUUAAUUAUUACUCCUAGCUUUUAGAUUUAACUAAGACAAACGUUGCGACUAACUAAAACGCUUAUAAUUGAGAUUUUGUUCAUUCGUUUCGUCAGAUCAGUUUGUGUCGCCAUAGAUAUUGUCCGAAACGUGAAGUGAUACUUAUUAUGUUGUGGCAGUGGAGUGCAAAGGGUUAAACUUAAAUCGAAAAGCGUUUGCGCGCGGAUCCAUUUCGAACGUCGACCGCACGUUGCUUGGAACUUCCGUGAAUUGAAAUCGCAAUGUUUAUCGUGUACAGUAAUAGGAAUGUUAAUACGAGUAUUUUCACCGUCUGUUUUCGCUGAGACAUUUGUUACUUUAUACGACGGAUUGCGAAGGACCGUAAGCGACAUUGAGCCCGCACGAUGCGGGUUAACUGACGGGCACUCACGUGGAUGCUUGCCUAAUAAAAGAACACAGCGAACUGU